AUUUUUUAAAGACGCACCUAAAAUGUUCAGCCCGCGCAACAAUUCAUCGGCUUCAAACUUGGGUCUGCAACUCAGCAUUGGGUCGAUAAUUCAGCAACAAGGAAGAAUGAAUAGCAACAGGUAGCAUUGCAUGAUCUCCCCCAUGGCUCCAAGGAAGAGAGAGAGAGGCGGUCCUUCAUCAUCAAAGAACAAGCAUCAUCAUCAUCAAGCAAACAACACCACAAAUAUACAACAGAGAGCAAUGGGUGGGAUCCAUCGCUUCUUUGACCGCCUCUCCCAAUCCCAAUCCCAAUCCCAAUCCCAAUCUCAAUCUCAGUCUGUGGAUCCCUCGACACCUCCUUCUCCUCUCUCUGAACUCCAACUCGCCCCUGCCAAUCCCAUCUCCCCACCUCCUCCCCCACGCAACUUCUCUCCUGGAAUGCUGGUGAAGCCGAGCCAAGAUGAUGCAGCAGAUGAGGUGAUCACUUGGAACAUCUCUCCCCUUAACCACCGUCUCCUCCUCCAUUCCACAAAGCAACGAGGCGCGAUGACCAGGGUCUUAUCGGAUGCCUCCAGGCUCAACAUUGCCCCUCCCAAAAUCAUCCACCAUCCCUGCUCCUUCCACAACAACAAUAAUAAGAUGAGAUCUCCUAAUUUGGUCGAGAAGCUAGAGAAGUGGCUCUCGUCUCCAACUUUAGAAGCCCCUCAGAAAUCUGGGAGUCUUUCCAGAACGGUAUCUUUUCAUGUUGUUGGUCCCGACAAGGAGAACAUGAACUUCGUUUCUGAUUGUGAAAGUGAAAGAAAUUCGAACAGCAUUAUGUUUGCCAAUGGUGGUGUCAAUAAAGAAACAUCAGAUCUUCAUGGUUCUCGGCAUCACAGGAAGGCAUUGCUUGAACUUCUAGAUCAAGUGGAAGAUGUUAUGGUUGUUGAAGAAUCUAUAUCAAACGAUGCGGUGUUUUGUUCCUUUAAGGGUGACAAUGAUUUGGGUGCUGUUAAGCAUGUGAGAGAUGAUUAUUCAGGAAGAACGUUUGCAACGAUGCCAUUACACAGAACAUAUAUUGUCAACUUGGAUUUAAAUUUUCUUGUUUUAGAGGUCUCUGAAAAGCACAAAUGUGUGGAUUCAGCGCACAUAAAAACUCCAUAUAAGAUUCUUCGUUUGCUCAAUGAACAAUGUGGGCAAGAGCGAGUUCUGUACUUGUGUGAUGAAUGGUUUGACAGCUGUAUUGGACCUGGGGAUACAAUAAAUGUGAUUGGCGAGUUUGACAAUGAGCAGAAAUGUGUCGUUGACCACGACCACAAUCUUAUUAUUGUUCAUCCAGAUUUACUAGUAUCUGGAACGCGGGUGGGUGGUAGUUUUAGCUGUCGAAGACGAGCAGUUUUGGAUGAAAGAAUAAAAUCAAAUGACCAAUCAGCUGCAGCUUUAGUUGGCACCUUGCUUCAUCGGAUUUUCCAGGCUGGCUUACUUCAUGAGUCUCCUACCCGGGAUUUCUUGGAAGAAUAUGCAAGAAUUGAGGUGCAGAAAAACAUUGAGAACCUGUAUGCUAUUGGAGCUAAUGAGAAUGAAAUGCGUGCAAAAUUGAUGGAGGCAAUUCCGAGGAUGUUGAAUUGGUUCAUUCAUUUUAGGAGUUUAAAGCCUUCACAGCAAUCUGUAAUGCCUAUUGUGGAUUUUGGAUCUAGUGAUGGACAGAGAGAGAUAGGCAUAUCUGAGGUUAUAGAUAUUGAAGAGAUGGCUUGGUCCCCAAAAUACGGGCUGAAAGGAGUAAUUGAUGCUUCUAUUAGGAUUAAAUUACUUUCAAACACACAUGGAAGUGAAGACUGCAUAGUGCCUCUUGAGUUUAAAACUGGAAAAGGGACAACUGGUCAGGUUGGGAUGGAACAUCGUGCUCAGGUGAUUCUGUACGCCCUUCUCAUGUCUGACAGGUAUAUGCAGAACAUGGGUUCUGGUCUUCUUUAUUAUCUCCAUACAGAUCAAACACAGGGGAUCGUAGUUACACGAUCUGAAUUGAUUGGGUUGAUUAUGCGUCGCAAUGAACUUGCAUCUGAUGUUUUAAAGGCAGCAACCUCCCAACUCCUGCCUCCUAUGUUAAGGAGUAUGAACAUGUGCCAAAGCUGUCGCCACCUUAGAGUUUGCAGCAUUUAUCAUAAGGCGCAUGGUGGCAACAUGGAGAGCAGUGGACUUGGAGAUUUAUUCAAUGCAAAUGUGGGACAAUUGACUGAGGUUCAGUGUAAUUUCCUUCGUCAGUGGGAUCGACUGAUUGACUUGGAAGCCAAAGAGUCCCAGGUUGUGAGGAGCGAAAUUUGGCGAAUGGAUAGUUGUAGUAGAGAACGUAGCGGUGGUUGCAUUUCUUCACUAAUUCUUGAUGUUUCGAAUGGCAUUUCUCCAUCGGAAGCUUCUAGUGAUGGUCAAUUCAUAUAUCGUUUUAUUCGCCGAGACUUCUCAUUGUACAGAUCGGAAAUGGAUAAAAAAGAUAACUUGGAUUCUACUUCAACAAUGUCUCUAGCCAGUGUGCUGAAUUCUGCUCUCAAGUGUGGUGACCAUGUGAUAUUGAGUACUGAAUCAGGGCGUUUAGCAAUUGCAAGUGGGUUGAUUUAUGACAUCGGCCCUUUUUAUGUUUCUGUGUCUUUGUCUCGCCGUUUAAGGCUUCCGGGCAGCAAAUCAUCCUCAAAUAAUGCUGAAAUCUUUCAGGAGAUAUGGCGGAUUGACAAGGAUGAAACUUCUUUCUCUUGUACUCUUAUGAGGUCUAAUUUGAUGCAGCUGUUUCUGCCUAAUUCCCAAAGUUCUCAUCUAAGGAAUAUGAUUGUUGAUCUCAAGGAACCAAUCUUUGAUAGAGGAAUCAUUGAUAGUCAAGAUCCAGUGAUGUCUUAUAUUAGAAAUGAGAAAAACUUGAAUUAUGACCAACGUUGUGCAUUAUAUAAGAUACUUGCAGCCAGGGAUUAUGCACUUAUUCUUGGUAUGCCUGGAACGGGCAAGACUUCUACUAUUGUUCAUGCUGUGAAGGCAUUGUUGAUGCGAGGUUCUUCCAUUUUGCUGACGUCGUACACGAAUUCAGCUGUUGAUAAUUUGCUUGUCAAAUUGAAAACUCAGGGAAUUGAUUUUAUACGUCUUGGAAGAGAUGCAGCCAUUCAUGAUGAAAUUAAACAGUAUUCUGUUGCAGCUAUGAACAUCAGAAGUGUAGAAGAUAUGAAAUUAAAAAUGGACCAAGCCCGUGUAGUUGGAGUGACUUGCUCAGGGAUAACACACCCAUUGCUCGCAAACAAGAAGUUUGAUGUAUGCAUAAUGGAUGAAGCCGGGCAGAUCACUUUACCAGUCUCUUUAGGGCCGUUGAUGUUGGCUUCAACUUUCGUGCUCGUUGGAGACCAUUACCAGCUACCUCCACUUGUUCAGAACAUAGAGGCACGGGAGAAUGGAAUGGGGGUGAGCUUGUUCUGCAGGCUAUCUGAAAUGCAUCCUCAAGCAAUUUCCACUUUGCAACGUCAGUACCGCAUGUGUGCCGAUAUUGUGGUACUCGCUAAUGCCCUUAUAUAUGGGCACCGGUUACAGUGUGGCUCAUCUGAAGUUGCGAAUGCUAAGCUGAUGGUUUCAACUUCAAUAUCAGUUAAAUCUUGGAUCAAGGAGGCAUUAGACCCCAACCGACCAGUAAUUUUUAUCAACACAGAUUCUUUGCCAGCCCCUGAAGCAAAACAAAACAAAUCUAUGAACAACCCCUCAGAGGCUCAAAUUGUUUCCGAGAUAACAAGAGAAUUACUGGUUGGAGGUGUGGAUGGCAAUGAGAUUGGGAUCAUAGCCCCAUACAACUCUCAAGUUGAUCUCAUCCGGCAUAUCAUAGAUGUGACAUCAGUUGAGAUACACACCAUUGACAAAUAUCAGGGAAGGGACAAGGACUGCAUAGUGGUUUCAUUUGUAAGGUCAAAUGAGAACUGGUUCGGCAGGUUUUCGCUGCUGGGGGACUGGCACCGAAUAAACGUUGCUAUCACACGAGCCAAGAAAAAGCUGAUAAUGGUGGGAUCGUGUAAAACGCUCUCAAAGGUUCCGUUGUUGAAAGUUUUGAUUGACAAGGUAGAAGAGCAGACUGGUAUUGUUCACAUCCCGCAUCAGGAUCACCACCACUUUAGGGAAUUGAAAAGAUGUCGCAAAGCAGGAGUAUGUUAAACAUUAUUGUAGUGCAAGCCAUACAUAGCUAUGGCUGGUUUCAAAGCAAUUUGUGUGGAUGGCUAAUCCCUCAGCUUAACUUCUGUUCAUUUUUUGUUGUUUUAUUCCCUUCUUGGUUGGAUAAGCUGAGGAUUUGGCAUAUCAACACAAUCAAUUUUGUAUAAUGUUGUUUAUUUAGUGUUUUAGUGCUUAGAACACGCGAAAUGCGCUGCACAUUUGUUAGUUAAGCUAUAAUUUAGAAUAACAUCCCUUUGCCAA